GGGGCCGGGUCUCCAGUUCCAAGAAUGGGGCACAAGGAGGCGGCGCGGGCCCCGCCCCCUCCCCUGGCGGGCGCGGGCGCGAGACGCUGCGCGGCGGCGGUGGCGGGCGCGAGCGGCAGCUGUCAGGCCACCGAGGUCCGAGCUGCUCUUGCUGCCUCACCGAGGACGAGGAGGCAGCAGGAGCGGUGACCGUGUCACUGAGGAGCCGGACUGCCGGCACGCAGAGCUGACCUGCCUGGUACCCGCGGCCCCCUCCCAUCUCUCUCCCAUUGUAUUGGGUAAGGUGCAGGAAACAAAUGGGAGUUGGAGACAGUGAAGGAGAGCAGAGGGUUACCUUGAACCCUAAAAAGAAAGAAUAAAACAACAACAAGGAAAAGAAAGGACUAAAACUGUGGCAACGACCCAACUGGGUAGGUUCUCUUGGUUAUAAACUCCUCCCCAUCUGGUGCUGCAACAAUGAGUGGGAAAUCCUUGCUCUUAAAGGUUAUUCUCUUGGGUGAUGGUGGAGUUGGGAAAAGCUCACUUAUGAACCGUUAUGUAACCAAUAAAUUUGACUCCCAGGCUUUUCACACCAUAGGGGUAGAGUUCUUAAAUCGAGAUCUGGAGGUAGAUGGACGUUUUGUAACUCUCCAGAUCUGGGACACUGCAGGGCAGGAGCGUUUCAAGAGCCUUAGGACACCCUUCUACAGGGGAGCAGACUGCUGCCUCUUGACCUUCAGCGUGGAUGACCGACAGAGCUUUGAGAACCUUGGUAACUGGCAGAAAGAAUUCAUCUACUAUGCAGAUGUGAAAGACCCUGAGCACUUCCCCUUUGUAGUUCUAGGUAACAAGGUAGACAAAGAAGAUAGGCAAGUGACUACUGAGGAGGCACAAGCUUGGUGCAUGGAGAAUGGGGAUUACCCUUAUCUAGAAACAAGUGCCAAAGAUGAUACUAAUGUGACAGUGGCCUUUGAAGAAGCUGUCAGGCAGGUGUUGGCUGUAGAGGAACAGCUAGAACAUUGCAUGUUGGGUCACACUAUUGACUUGAACAGUGGCUCCAAAGCAGGAUCCUCAUGCUGUUAAAAGCAGGCAGCCUUUUAAAAGUGUGCCACAAAUUUUUCAGUCAAUAGUGUCAGAAAAACUGUGCCCUUCCGAGAGGGCACACACACAAAAGGGUAAGAGAGAAGGUUGUGAUUGUGUAUCAGAGACUUUCAAAUUGAGGUUGUAAGAGCAAGUAAAAAAAAAAAAAAAAAAAGCUUUACCAAGCCAAGUGUAUUUUGCGUGAUUUCUGCUGUUUCCUUCUUGUGUGUAUCAGGACAUUUCAGAAAGCUUCAGUCCUGAGAAAUUUAAAUAUUUUCAAAUCCAGUUUAAACUUAGAACCCAGCAGCAUGAAGGAGUUAAAGAGCUACAGAUAUCCCUUAAAGUGUUCCAUUAGUCAACUAACAAAUGUCACCAUGGACUCUUGGCAAGCAGUUUCUGACAUUUCUGCUAAAGGAAGAAAAAAUAAGACUCUGAGCUGUAUUACAAUAAAAAAAAUAAUGCAAACAAGGAUGUCCUAAGCUUCAAUUAUAAAAGGGUUGUGAUAAUUAGGCAUAUAAGAGUAUAAUGACAUACACUGCCUUGUUUGAAUCCUUAUAUAUGGUUUGCUCCCAUUUGAGCUUUUCAAAAAAAUUAUCUCAAUAAGAGGUACAUUGAUGACACUGGAAAUUGCUUAUAUUCUUUGUGUUUGAAGUAACAGGGUAUUAGUGAAUGGAUUAUGCUUAAAUAUGCCAACCACCCUUGCAAAUAAAUGGUUGGUCUGCUUUUACUUCAUAAGUCUACUUUUGCUGUAUAGGGAUGUUGCUUCUCUGACAACCUCUUAUCAAUUUAGCAAUGCUGCAUAGUAUAUGGCUUUGGAUACAGUGCUCUCUGCUCAUAAUUUUGAUGGUCCUUUGUGCCACUGUGCUCUGCUCUCAGAGAAAUCUUCAGAAAAGAUUGGGGGAUAAUGGGCUUUUCUCACAAGUUUCCUUAACUAAAAUAUUUAUUAUAGGGACUAAUUAUAGGAACUAAUAUCUUUAUAUUGCACUGUAUGUUCAAGUGGCCAAACCAGGACACUGAAAGUAGCAAGAGAGCAGACUUUAACCCAAUGAUAGACUGAAUUUCUCAUAGAGUUGUCCAACAGUGGAAUGGACUGCCUUAAUAAUGAACUCCCUUCCAAUGAAAAUAUUCAAGAAGAUACUAGAUGAGCAUCUGUUAAAAUACCAUAAAAGGAAUUUCUGUCCUGGCUAGAUAUUUGGUUUAAGGUCCCUUCCAGCUCUAAGUUCUAUGAAUCUGCAAGUUACAAAAUAUGUUUCAGUGCCAGGAUAUCACUGGAUGUUUCUUAAGACAACAGCUAAGACUUUGGAGAGGGACUUUUAAAAUUCUCAAACUAUUCUGGGAUCAGCAUUUAACAGCAAUUCCACAGCUCUUUCUUUUGCACCAUAGCAGGAUAAAUUCUUGAGCUUUGAGUAGUCAUUAUGUACCCUGGUAUAAAUAUCCUAAAAAUACCAUAUUAAAAUACAAAAGUGGUUUAUCAAAUUUUUAUUACCAUGACUGCUAGCUAUAUAAUGUAUUACAAAUAUGCAGUCUGGUUCUUGUUGGUUGAUCUGUUUGUCCUGCAAAGCUUUAAAUCCGUACUUUUAAAAUAUCUAUGUUAAAAAAUAAUGACCCAAGGUAGUAAAGGACAGUUAGAAGUGACUCCCCCCCCC